ACACAAGAGCAAACAGCGAUGGCGGCGGAGAUCCACUCGAGGCCGCAGAGCUCCAGACCCGUCCUGCUCAACAAGAUCGAGGGCCACAGCGACGCGGUGAACACGGCCCUGCUCAUCCCGAAAGAGGAUGGAGUGAUCACGGUCAGCGACGACAGGACGAUUCGAGUAUGGCUAAAAAGAGACAGUGGACAGUACUGGCCCAGCAUCUACCACACAGUGUCCUCUCCAUGCUCCUGUAUGUCAUAUCACCAUGACAGCCGGCGGAUCUUCAUUGGGCAGGAAAAUGGAGCCAUUGUGGAGUUCCUCAUGUCAGAAGAUUUCAACAAAAUGAACCAUGUAAAAACAUACCCAGUUCAUCAAAACCGUGUGUCUGAUCUGGUCUUUUCUCUGGAGAGUCAUUGGUUGAUCAGUACGGCUCAUGAUAAAAGCAUCAGUUGGAUGAGCACUCAGAGUGGAUCAAUGCUGGGACGUCACAGCUUCAGCUCUUGGGCCUCCUGUUUACAAUAUGAUAAUGAUACCCAGCAUGCCUUUGUGGGAGAUUGUUCAGGGCAGAUCACUCUGCUGAAACUGGAUGGACAGACGUGCUCCGUUAUUUCCACACUAAAGGGACAUGAAGGUAGUGUCGGUGCAUUGUAUUGGGAUCCAGUUCAGAGGUGGUUGUUUUCAGGAGCGUCUGAUCACAGUGUGAUCAUGUGGGACAUCGGUGGCAGACGGGGACGGACAUUACUGCUGCAGGGACACCAUGAGAAGGUCCAGGCAUUGAGGUAUCUACCACUGACCCAUCAGUUGGUUUCCUGCUCCGCUGAUGGAGGAAUAACAGUGUGGAACAUGGACACGACACGAGAGGAGGCUCCACAAUGGUUGGAUAGCGACUCGUGUCAGAAAUGCAAACAGCCAUUUUUCUGGAAUAUAAAGCAGAUGUGGGACUCAAAGACACUGGGGCUUCGACAGCAUCACUGCAGGAAGUGCGGUAAGGCCAUUUGUGGGAAGUGUAGUUCGAAACGCUCCACGUACCCCAUCAUGGGCUUCGAGUUCCAAGUGCGCUUGUGCGACGACUGCUACGACACAAUCCGAGAGGAAGAUCGGACUCCUCUGGCAACGUUUCAUGAGGGGAAACACAACAUUGCUCACAUGGACAUGGACCCGAGCCGAGGACUGAUGGUCACGUGUGGAAGUGAUCGAGUUGUAAAGAUCUGGGAUAUGACGCAGGUGAUUGGCAGCAGCGUUGCGGCAGGAUUCUCUCCCCGUUGACUGGCUGUUUCGGAAUGCUCCGCCCACACUCCGCCAACAAAUAUAUAUUGAGGAUCUGUCAUCUCCUGUCAUACUCCCUUGUACUUGGAGUCUACACAAAACGGACAGUCCAACUUUGAGUGUGUUUGUGAAUGUGUGAUAGUCCUUGUUUUUUCUGACAAUUGUAGCUGGAUCAGAGCAUUCAUUUCUCUUAUGAGGUAUGAUGGAUUUUAGCAAACAUGAACUCGAGGUACUUCUAAAGCACAAUAUGCAAGUAUGCUCUUUGUGCGUAUGUGUAUGUAUUCCUUCUAUCCAUAAUUAUCAAUCACACUACUAAAUAUUAUUUUCCAAAAUACAUUUGUUUUUGUUUUGUUUUUCCAGUGCAAAUAUUUAAACAUCAUUUAAACAAGAUAAAUUGACAUUUGUGUAUGAUGAUAUAAGCCUUGUUGCAAGAGAAUAAACCUUUAAAGCAUAAAUCUGACAUGUAUUAAGGUUGCUUAAAAACAAGAAUCUACUGCAAGUUACAAUUUAGUAUUAAUACAUAAGGUUGUGUCUCCAAAAAAUCUUGUUUUUAGAAAUGUUUGAUGUUUUUGCUGGGAAAACGAGACAAAAAUACUGAUUAAGAGACUGAUUUCACUCAUGUUAAUUAGCAUAUAUUAAAUAACUAGCAAGCACUAUAGCACUAAUUAACAUAUAUCUGUGAUUUGGGGCCAAUUAAAGAGACCGUUCAUCCAAAAAUGAACAUUCUGCCAUUAAUUAUGUUGUUACAAACCAAUGUGAAAUUAAUGUUUUCCAUUGAACAAAAGUGAUCAAAAAGUCACCUUAAAAUGCUCAUUAAUGUAAUAUAAUCCAAGUCUUCUGGAGUGCUUUGAAUACCCUUCUGUAUAUUUAAACAUGCUAAAGACGCAACAAACAAUAGUGUUUGGAGUUAUUAAUAUCUUCCCGCACCACAUUUGAACAUGCACAAAUGCGAUUUAAGAAGUGUGGAAGAGCGGAAGAUUUUCAGUGAAUAAAUACUAACAUUUCAGUCGUUCCUCACACAAAGCUAUUGCAUGGCUUCAGAAGACUUUGAAUGUAGCACAUUAAUAAUAUGGGCUUCUUUUAUGAUACAUUAAUUGUGCAUUAAUUGAGUGGAAAAGAUCAUCUUCAAACAUCUUUUGUGAGCCACAGAAGAAAGAAAGUCACAUGGGUUCGUAACGACAUGAGGAUUAGUACAUGAUGACCGAAUUAUAAUUUUUGGGUGAAAUAUCUUAUUAUUAUUAUAUUUAAAUUUCUAUUUUAUUUCUUUCUAAAUGCCGAUUUAAGACAACAGGCAGCUUCUAGAAUGUUUUUCAUUUGCGUACCGCUCGCGAUUAACGUAACACCGGCCAAUGAGCUGAGAGAAUUCUAACCUGUUUACAAACAUUAUGACUGACCAGCGCUGUUUCUAACUUACUUUAAAUUCUCCUUCGUUCGUUGUCUAUUCCUUGCACUGAAUUGCACAUUUUGUGUGCAUUAAUGAUCCAAGGGUACAGACGGCUUCGGUGCGAGUGUGUUUGUGUGUUUCUCUCUCUUUCUGUUUAGUAAAUGGCUGGUUUGUGCCUGUAUAAAGCGCUCGCCGCACACCGUUUUCUAGCUUUCCUUUUAUUACACGUCUCACAUUCUGCGCAUUGUAAAUAACGCCAUUCCCAUUAAUACUACAUUGUUUUUAGCUUCCAUCUUAUAAUGUAAAAUGUAACAAAAAGAGAGUAGAAUGUGAUAGAAUGCACUGGUGUCACACUACAGUAAGCAGAGGAUGUCAUACAUUAUGACAUCACAGUGGUGUGUGACGUCAUUUUAGUGAAGUCACAGUGAUUCAGUGAUACUUGAGAAUUGACGAAGCUGACAGAAGUCAUUUUUUUCUUUAACGAGCUGAGAGUUGUACAUUUUAAAGGUAAAUCGAACAAAACCUGUCAAGAAUAUGUUCAGGCCCAAAAUCAAGAGGAAAAUGUGUUAAAUUGUAAUAAAAAAAUUGUAAUUAAAUAAUUUCUUUUUUUAUGAAAAAUAGAAAUGCUUCUAAAAAUUGCUGCACAUGUUCAUGACAAAUUUAAAAGAUUUACUUGGAAAGACGUGGGAUUUCAUUGAACGUUCAUUUUUCUAUAGAAUUAUUGCUCUUUUUGUGUCUUUAACAUCUAUUUUACUAAAAUUGACUCUUCAGGGAACUGUUUUUGUCUACUGUAGAUCACAAUCCAGUUUAACCACCAACAUAUGUAACACAAAAUGAACUCGAACACAGCUGACAUUUAUGUGAAUGUUCAUAAAACAUUUCAAUUCUUGCACUUUUGUUUACCUUUAAUCAUUGCAAACAGUGUCAAACGUCACACUUUUAAUUAUUAAACCAUAAAUGACUCUAAAUGACUUUCAAAUCUGUUUUUCUGUCUUUUUUCCACUGAAACUUCAUUAGAUUGGGUAUGAAGUAUUAUUCUCUCUAUGUACAUUUUCGAAGUUGAGCUUCUGUGCUGGAUCGCUCAAACAUCUGUACUUUUCUUACGAAAAUCUCUUCGAUUAAUAUGAAAACUGAUGCAAUCUCAUGUCGGCUGGUAGUUUCAGCCCAGAGGUUAAACUAAAUAUAACAAUAAAGAUCUAAGCUGUAUCA